AUGAGAAGAGACUAUAGCAUUGCCAAGAACGCUAUACUUUGCUGCCUUGUAUUGCAACUCAUCAUAUACGAAGGAGAAUCCAUAGAAGUUGGAGACGUGAGUUUCUCGCUAGUGAUGAAAAACGAAAUGUACGGCUUAAAACGUCCAUUGGUUUACUACCGGUGUAAGUCGUCUGAAAAAUCCCUCCGCUGGCACAAAUCGCAUCCCAAAACAGAAUUUACAUGGGAUUUUGAUGUACCGCCGUUUGGAAACGGCGUGGUGACGCACCAAUGCCAGUUCAUGUCAAGCCAAGGGACAGCAAAUGUCGAGAUCAAGACGUUGUCGAUGACAUCUAUGUUGUGCGGGGGACAUGUGUGUAAAUAUGUUAUCAGACCGACCGGUAUAUAUUUCGUUGGUUUCGAGACUUAUUAUCCACACAACAUUUUGUUAAGGUUUCUAGAGUUGGUAAGGCCUGUUAACAAGCUUGUUGAGCCAUGGAAGGAGUGGUCUCCGCGGCAGUUAAAUGCUUUACGAGCGGAACGCAAUCGUACUAUGUCAAACGAUAACGAAGAUUAUCAUGAUGACGACAAGGAAAAGGACGAUUAG